AUGGCGACUAACACGGGACCAACGAAAACUCGAAUCUUAGUUUUACAUGGCUUUUACGAUAGUGCUCAGAAUCGUCAAUAUCAAAUGCGCAAUUUAGCUCGAUCUAUGAAAGAGAUUGAAUUUGUUUUCAUCGAUGCUCCAUUUCAGUUUGUUAAUUAUGGAUUUUUGAAAUCACCGAGUGACGCAACCAACGAACCACGGUAUCAAUGGUUUUCAUAUAGACCAGAAUGGGACGUAACAUCCUAUCACUACGAUACGAACAAAGAAAGCAUUGAAUACGUCAUUAAUUAUAUCAAUAGCAAUGGCCCAUUUGAUGGUUUAUUAGGAUUUUCUCAAGGUGCAAUUGUUUGUGUUACUAUGAUGUUAAAUAUACCUCAGUGGCCUACACUUCCGAGUUGCGUUAAAUUCAUUAUUUUUGUCGGCUGUCCUCCGAUUAACGAUGCAACUGUGAAGGCGAAUUUAGAAGCAUUAAAUCAGCAACCAGAUCAACUUCCUACGCUACACGUCUCUGGACUGAAUGAUACUCUGAUUACACGGGAGAUGAGUGAAGAAGUAUGCAAAUAUUUUAAUCCGUCAUUAGCAGAAUUCUAUACACAUAAAGGAGGACAUUAUUGUCCAAGUGACGCGGAUUUUCGACAGAAACUGAGGGAAUUUAUUAUACGUGCUAGUCAUCCGUAA